AUGACCUCCGCGCUCAACGGCCAUGCGCCGAAAUCUCCGCUCUCUAUUCAACGCCGCAUUGAACACCAUGAAGCCGACGUCGUUAUCGUCGGCGCCGGAAUUCUGGGCUGCGCACUCGCUGUUGCGCUGGGACGACAAGGCCGCAGCGUCAUCUUGCUGGAACAGUCUAUGAAGGAGCCCGAUCGCAUUGUCGGCGAACUGCUCCAGCCCGGAGGUGUAAAUGCGCUGGAACGUUUGGGUCUGCGGGACUGUCUCGAUGAUAUCGACGCGAUCGACGUGGACAGCUACUAUAUCACAUACUUUGGCGAACCGGUCAAAUUAUUCUACCCCAGGGAGACUCCGUCUUCCCCUCGGCCGAUUGGAAAAUCCUUCCACCAUGGCCGAUUCGUCAUGAAGCUGCGCCAGGCCGCGUUGGCUUGUCCCAACGUGACGGUGGUAGAGACAAAGGCCACGGGCCUAGUGACCUCGACCCAGGUCCAGGGACAGGUGCUGGGUGUUGAGUGCGUGACUCAGGAUCUGAAGGACUGCUACUUUGGCCAACUGACCGUCGUCGCGGACGGUUACGCCUCGAAAUUCCGCAAAGCGCAUCACCCACAUACACCCAAGGUCCGCUCGAAAUUCUGGGGCCUUGAACUGAUCGAUACGAAACUCCCCUCUCCGAACUCCGGUCACGUCCUCCUUAGCGAUAAGCCUCCCGUCCUCAUUUACCAGAUCGGUACCCACGAGACCCGAAUCCUUGUCGAUAUCCCCGAUAACCUCCCCUCGGCGUCGGUGAAGAAUGGCGGUGUCAAGAGCCAUCUACGGAACGUGGUCCUGCCCUCCCUUCCCGAGGGAGUCAGGCCCUCGUUCGAGGCGGCACUAGAUAAGGGUCCAUUGCGCUCCAUGCCAAAUUCCUUCCUGCCCGCAUCUACAAAUAAGACUCCCGGGUUAUUGAUUCUGGGCGAUGCAUUGAACAUGCGACACCCAUUGACUGGUGGUGGAAUGACCGUGGCUCUAAAUGAUGUCUGCUGCAUCCGCGAGUUGCUGAGCCCUGAGGCUGUGCCAGAUUUGGGUAACACUACACUGGUACUGAAACAACUCUCGCGCUUCCACUGGAUGCGCAAGAACUCCUCCUCCGUCAUCAAUAUUCUCGCCCAAGCCCUUUAUCAGCUUUUCGCCGCUAAUGAUACCAGUCUCCUCGCUCUCCAACGAGGUUGCUUCCGCUACUUCCAGAUCGGUCCCGUGGACGGACCGGUCGGCCUCCUUGCAGGCCUGAUCAAGCAACCCUUCGUGCUCUUCCGCCACUUCUUCACCGUCGCCUUCCUCUCCAUCUGGGUUCUCUUCCGAGAGACCCCCUUCACACAACUAAUCCUGUUCCCAUUGCGAUCAUUCAUGGUCUUCUGGACAGCAUGCAUCGUGAUUUUCCCCUUCAUCUUCGCCGAAAUCUGGAGCUAG